AUGCUGAACUCCAGCGUACCUACUACGCAAAAAUUGAUCGAAUUCUCCGUGGAUGACGUUUUCGCCCGUUACACGGUGCCUCAAGUCCAGAAACUUCAUAAAGACUACCAUCAAGACAUAACCAAGGCCAAAGAUGAGCUUCACUUAUUGGUGGGUGGCAAGUACAGAGACUUGAUAAGGAUUGCCGAAGAAAUUGACACCAUGAGCUCAACGGCGUACAAAUUGGACAAUACCUUGGCUGAUUUGUCUUUCAAGUCUUCCAACUACAUCACAUUUGGCAACAACAAGUUCUCCAAGUUUGACUCCGUUGUCAGGAAAGAGAACGUCCAGAAAGCUCGCCAGGCUUCUCAAAUGACUAUCUUAAACAAUGUGAUCAACAACGAACUUAUUGGCUAUGAUUUGAAACUCCAGACAGACUCGCUCAGAAGAACCCAAUACUUGGUCCACUUGGCUAAGAUAUACUACACAAUUGAGAAGCUCUUUGCUGACAUCAUUCCUUCAAAUGACCACAAGGCCACAAGCUAUAAGAAGCUCAAAGAAAACUUUGUCUCGUACCUUGAGAGAAAGCUAGCCCGCUACACAUUCACAGGGGACUCUUUGAGCAAUACAAGUGGCCUUCGUAACGUGGAUGAUAUAAUACAGAAGACCCAGAAGAGUCAAUGGCUCGAAGAUGAGACAUUCGAUUUCCUCAGUGAAGAGCAAGAUGACGAAUUCUAUCAGUACUCAGACCUGGACUCCAAGACAGAUUCAAUUACGAACGCUUCCAGUGUUCCAAUCGUUAACUACAUCCUUGCAUACAUCAUCGUCAACCAUGACGGGGAGGCCACCAACUCAUUACUGUCAAUCACUUCGAAGAUAAUCGAUCUUAGAACCGCUCAUUUACAAUCACUCGCCAAGGACGCCUCUAAGAACCCACAGGUCUCCAACACAAACUUCUACAAGCUCUUUCGCUUCAUUGAAUCCACUGCAGUGUGCGUAAAUGAAUAUCUCGCAAAUGAUGGAGAGCUUAAGACAAGGCUCAAGACGUUGAAAGCAUGGAAGGCAUCGCAAUUGAUUGGAUUUCAUAGCUGGUUUGAGGUCGACGACAUCAGAUUUGACAUCAAUAUGGAGCUGUCUGGAUCACUGAACUUUGAAGAGUCACUUCUGACCUACUACAACAACAGCGGUCUCCUUCUUCAGAACUUCAUCCGCGAUUUGUAUCAAGCUUCAACCUCAAGCGAAACCGCUGCCUCAACAAAGGUUAUACUCUCCGUGCUCUAUAACUUUUUGUCCGGAGCCAGCAAAUUGCAGGCCUUGGCAAAUUACGAAGAAAGCAAAUGCUACACCUCCGAGAGUGUUUUUACAGAGAAACUCAUCUCAAGUAUCAUCACAUCAGCAUUUGAGCAUGUCGAAAAAGCAUCACAAUCACAUUUGCAUAACCUCACCGAAGGUGAUUCCUCCGUUUUACUGUCGUUGAACAGCCUGAUUCGAGAAACAAACCUUGACUCCUGUCACGAUAAUGAUUUCUUCUCAAAUGAAAUAAUAAGCUCGAUGGAGGAGGAUAUAGAGACUUACUUGGGAAACGUUCUGCGUCUUGCAUCAUUGACUUCAACAAAAUCUGAGCACAGCCUCUCAUCAUGGUUACUGGCAAUGCGGUCAAUUCUCCUAGAGACCAAAAGUCACGGAGAUAACACCAUUAAGAAAAUUGAAAAUGUUCUCAACCGGGCGAGCGAAGGCUCUUCCAUAAAGAGGGAAGCAUCUACUUUCUCAAAUAAACUUGAUGGGAUCUACCAGUCAAUCAUCAAAGAUCUUGGAGUCCAGUUGGAUGUCUUUGUCAGUGGACUUGCAGGAGAGCUUGCUAGUGACGGAAACGAGGAAAAGGAUAUCGUUUUUGGUGUUCUCAGCUAUAUCCUUGAGGUGAAACAAUUUAUUCAGAAAACUCUCAAGAGUGAUUCAAAAUCAAUCGUCAAGAAGAUUGACGAUCUUUUGCACGAACUUUACGACCAUAUAUUGAAAUCUGCUCUCAACUCCAGAAUUGGAGACAAGACUGUUGAGGAGAGCCUUGCUGCCACCAUACGGCCACCAUCGACAAUCCAAGACACCGACUUGUCUAGAAGGGCAGACACCCCAGUCCAUUCAAUCUUGUUUGGUCUUGUGGAGGAGCUUCUCGAUCUGGAUCGCUUUGAGCAGCAAAGAGUGAUAUCAUUUUUCACGAACAAGGACACUGCUGAAUUAUUUUCAUCACAAAAGAAGAAGCACAUUUUACGAAUUGUUGACGAAGUACUCACCGCUCCACAACCCAACUCAGAUAGUGAUGAGAACGGCAUUGGAAAGAUCCCAACUGCACAAGCUGAGCAGCUUCUUGCCAAUAUACUUUUCGUGCUUAACUUCACGCAGACCCUGACUAUCAAGUCCAAUGAUGAAACCCUCCAACCUUACUUGCACAAAGUCAAUGGUGUCGCAGAGCUGAACAUUGAGCUCUCAUGA